AUGCGGCUUCUCGUCGGGCUCCUGCUGGCCGCCACCCUGAGCCUGGAGCUGACUGCAGCUGAAGCCAUGUGGUGCCACCAGUGCAAAGGCUUCGGAGGAUGCUCCCACGAGACCAGAUGCCCAAGGGGCUCCACCCACUGUGUGACUAUAGCCACCCGGGCCCUCAUCAGCUUCCAGGACCUGCCCCUGGUCACCAAGUCCUGCUACAGCGGUUGCCCCAACAUCGGCAUGCUGGGCUUAGGCCCCCAAGUGUCCAUCGCCUGCUGCCAAGCUAGCCUGUGCAACCACGACUGA